AUUAUCUUGAGCAACCCCCGGAAACGAAACGCCCUGUCCCUCUCCAUGCUGCAGUCCCUCAAGGAGGACCUGCUGCACGACGUCAAAAGCAAAGACCUGCGAGUUAUAAUCGUUUCAGCUGAAGGACCUGUCUUUUGUUCUGGUCAUGAUUUAAAGGAACUGGCAAGUGAAAAUGAUGUGAAGCAUCAUUCCCAAGUGUUUGAAAUAUGUGCAGAGGUUAUGACUUUAAUCCAGAAACUUCCAGUACCAGUGAUUGCCAAAGUAAAUGGCUUGGCUACAGCAGCAGGCUGUCAGCUUGUGGCAAGCUGUGACAUUGCAGUGGCAAGUGAGAACUCCCAAUUUGCUACUCCAGGAGUUAACAUUGGACUGUUCUGCUCCACACCAGCUGUGGCCUUGGGCAGAUCUCUUCCAAGAAAGGUGGCAUUAGAGAUGCUUUUCACAGGAGAACCUCUUUCUGCCCAAGAAGCAUUAAUGCAUGGGCUUGUCAGCAAGGUGGUACCAGAAGACAAGCUGGAAGAAGAGACCAUGAAAAUCUCUCGCAAGAUAUGCGAAAGCAGCAAAUCCGUACUGGCACUGGGGAAAGCCACCUUUUAUAGACAGAUUACACAGGACCUCAAUACUGCUUACAAAAUGACUACUCAGGUCAUGGUAGACAAUUUGACUUUGAGAGAUGGGCAGGAAGGUAUUGAAGCCUUUAUUCAGAAACGGAAGCCUGUCUGGUCACACUCUCAGGAUGAGAAGAAAUGAAUAUUAUUUUUAAGCUCACCUUAGCUGUGCUUUAUGAC